AUGGUUACACUCAGACAGAUUAGAUACUCGGUAACCAAAGCUGUGAAGUGUUCAAAAGUGGAAACUUUAAAAUUCGAAGAGGGGCAAGCGCCACGGAAUGAAUGGAGGAGAAGGGUAUACCUAUCUGCCGACUGCCCUCUGCACUGCCCACUUAGCUGUCUGCCACAGACCCAUUACAAAGUGCUCCUCGCCCUCUUACCCCAGGAAACUUCGCCACUUUAUCUUAAAUUGAUGUCGCUGAAGUUCAUCGUAAACGACCACGAAACCCAAAAUGCCAACCAGAUCACAGCACCUCUCAACGACAAGACAAAUCCUUUCUUGUUGGUCUUCAGGGCAGUACUAGGGAAUAUGGCUACCUUCAAGACGCCAGGCUUCGUUGACCAUCUUUCAAAAGUUAUCAUCAAGGGUUACCAAACUCAUAUCUCUCAAUACGGUUAUAGAAUUAUCGAAGCUCAAUCACAUAUUCAUCUUCAUGAGAUGUCUCAUAUUGGGAUCGCAAAUUGA